UCCCACUGGAGCGCAGAGACGGGACGGAGACAGAAGGGUACAGAGCGAGACCGCAGAGUGCAAAAGGGACUUUAACUCGAUCGUUUAGCGCCAGCGCCGUAGCAGGAUGUUCAAGAAGAAGGACGGCGGCCUGCUGAAGGUCUCCGGCAAGAUCAGCAAGAGCCAAGUAAAUGAUUUGGCCUUGCUGAUCGCGCGCAUGCAGAAGAAUGCUGACGUGGUGGAGAAAGAUGUCCUGCGUGCGGAGGAACUUCUGGCUGUGGAUGCCGAGAACCUGAGGAAAGAUCUGCCGUUCAAGCACCAGAAAGAGAACGCAGAUCGGCUGGCCGAGGCAGAGGGCCUGCUGAAGGACCUCUUUCUGGACGUGGACAAGGCCAAGAAGCUGAAGCACCCGCAGGCCAGCGAGAUCGAGAGCGAUGUCAGCCACCUGCACGACCGCUGGUUCAAGGACUGCGCCUUCUACCGCGAGGUGUACGAGCAGAUGAAGGAGGUCGAGAAGGGGCCCAGGAUCGAUUGGGCCCAGGUGCUCAACCAGAAACAAAGACAGGUGAACGCGGGAGACUACGGGCCCAGCAUGCCUGACCUGGAGAAGCAGAUCGCCUCGCACAACAUUCUGCACAAAGAGAUCGAGGCCUACAGCCACCAGCUCGACGCCGGCUCCAUGGGCUCCAAGGAGGAGCUUACUGCCACUCAGAAGCAGUACAACAACCUUUUAGAUAACUCAAAAUGGCGGCGCCAGUACCUGAGCAGCUUGUACGACUACAUGCAGGGCUGCACGAAAGAGCUCUCGUACCUGAACGAGGAGCAGAAAAAGAUCGUCAAAGAGGACUGGAGCGACCGCAUGGUGGACCCCCCGGACGUGCGCAGGCAGUACGAGAAUUUCAAGAACAACAGCCUGCUGGCCCACGAGAGCGAGGUGAACAAACUGCAGGAUGACGGCGACCGACUCAUUGAAAUGAAGCACCCAGCCAGUGAAACCAUUAAGCUGCAAAGGGAUGCCGUGAGGAAUGAGUGGCAGGAAUUCCUCAACCUGUGCAUCUGCCAGGAGUCACACCUGGAGAAUGUGGAGGAGUACAAGAAGUUCCAACUGGAUGCGGACACUCUCUCCGAGUCCCUGACGAAGCUCAACUCCAGCCUGGACCCAAAAGCUCAGGCCAAUAAGACCAACUCUGAGAAACUCCUACAGCUUGAGGGGGAGGAGAGGGCGAUGCAGCGGAACGAGCAGCUGCUGGCCGACCUGAAGAAGCGCAGCACCUCCAUCGCUCCGCUGAAGCUGCGCCACAGCCCGCUCCCCAAGCCGGUCACCGUCGAGUCGCUCUGCGACUGGAACACCGACAAGGGAACAGUGACCAGGGGCGAGAAGCUACUCCUCAAGUCCAACGCGGACAAUGAGAACUGGGAGGUUCAGGCAAGCAAUGGGGUAACCAAAGCAGCGCCGGGGGUCUGCUUCCUGAUACCUCCCCCUGACCAAGAGGCUGUUAACAAAGUGGACAGGCUCUCUGCGGAAACGGCGGACCUGAAGAAGAGAAGAGCUUCUCUGCAGGCUUCCCUGAAGCCCAACAUCACAGAGGUUCAAAGGCCACAGCAGUCAUCCGCCCUGUACAGCGCUCCAGUGAACCCCAAAUCAGCGCAGGUGGCCUCGAGGCUGGACAAGCUGGACGACGACCUGGAGAAGGCCCAGCAGGACGUCCUGAGCCGCCUGAGGACCCCGCUGGACCGCAAGGACCCGGCGGCUGACCUGACCGCUCGGCUGAAGGAGCAGGAGAAAGCAGCGGCGGCUCUGAAGGCACUGGAGAAGGAGAAAGCGGCGGCGGAGAAAGAGAUGGAGCCCUUCCUGUCCCAGCAGUCCGGCGGCGUCGUCUCCUCGGCCCUGCCGCUCAAACUGAGCGACGCCAAGAACAAGCAGGACAGCAUCGCCGCUCUUUCCGACCUCUUCAACAAGAAGGCCAAAGCUUCCCUCGAACUGGAAAACCAAAUCAAGAAGGUGGACGGCUUCGUCUCUGGAUUCGAGAAAAAGCUGGCUGCUGACUCCGCCAUCCCAGAUGCACCCAAUUCUAUCCAGACACGCACCCAGGAGCUUCAGGCUAUGCGCAAGGACGUGGCCGACAAACAGGGCGAGAUGCAGAAGCUGAACCAGGACCUGGAGGCCACGGAGCAGCUGUGCAGCUCCUUGCAGAAGGGCCACCAGGAGUACUGUCCCGACAUACGCAGGCAGGAGAACGAGGUCAAGACGCUCAGGAACCGCUACACCAACAUCAACAACCAGCUGCAGAAGAGAGAGAAUCUCUUGCAAGAGGCAACGAACAAGAACCAGGCGUUCCAAAGUACAUCUCAAUCGCUGAACUCCUUCCUGGACAAUCUGCCGGACAAUAAGAUCAGCCCCAGUGACAGUCUGUCACAAAUCAACACCAAGCAGAACUCCCAAAAGAGAGUGGUGGAAGACAUCAAGAGAAAGGGAGAUGACAUGGACCGAUCGGUUGAUCUGUCCAACGACUUGCAGAACAUCCUCAACGACUAUGAGACUAACUCUGAGAAGUACCGCAGCACACUCAGCGACAAGGGUAAAACAGGUGCGGACAAGUACCAACCUGCCACCCUGGCUGAUUCCGUGGAGAAACAGGAGAAGGCUUUGGUGAAUCGUUAUGCCGAAGUAUCAGCAGAGAAUGAACAGCUACUCAACCAGAUGGAUUUUGCAAAGAAUCUCAUUACUCAGAAUGAUGAAAAGAUAGGCCAAGUGGCAGUGCAAAGGCAGGUGCAUCUGCAGAGCCAGCAAAGAGUGAUGGAUGACACGGACAGCCUGAAGAAAGACCUGGCAGAUGAGCUCACCAGGCGCAGCAAGGCAGAGGCCGAACUCGAAAUCUUCAGGGUGAGGCUGAUGUCCUUGAAGAGUCGUAGAGGCGUAGAGCGACUGGAGGAAAAAGAAAUCCUCCAAUACUACCGUGACCCCAAACUGGAGAGCGAUCUGGAAACCCUGAGGAGCCAGCUCCACAGUGAGGCCAUGAAGCGUUCCGGAACCCAGAGUGAGAUCGUGAGGAUCAGUGAGAAGGUAGUCUCCCUGGAGACCGAGCUGAAGAGUAUAAAGCCCAAGUUGGUGACUAAGGAGGUGACGGAGAUCGAAAGAGACCCCCAGCUGGAUGUGGAAGCCGCCAGGUUGAGAGAUGAGAUGAGAAACCUGCAGGAUGAGGUGAGGGUCAGGGCAAGCGAGUCUGUCCAAAUGAAAACUGAGGUACAUCUCCUGGCGCAGAAGAGGCCAACCAUUAAAGAAAAGGUAGUGAAAAAGGAAGUGUUGAAAUUUGAGAAGAAUCCAGAAACGCUGAGGGCGGUGGCAAACUUGGAAGUUGAGAUUAGUGAUGAGAGCCAAAGAAGCAAGUCUUUGAAUGAUGAGAUCUUCCAAACCAGGAGCCAAAUCAACACUCUGGAAAGAAUUAUCCCUACUGUACAACCAAAGAUUGUCGUCAAGGAGGUAAAGAAGGUGGAGCAGGACCCUGAGAUUAUCAAUGAAUUCAAGAACCUCGGAAGUUCUCUGGAGGAAGAGAGACUUGAAAACAGUUCACUCCUCAAUGAGCUGACUAAUCUCCACUAUCGCUAUGAGCAGGUGAACCAGAUGAAGCCACAGGUAGAGGUCAAGGAGAUCAUUAAUGAGAUCUACAGGGUUGACCCUGGGACAGAGGCAGAACUGGUAAGGCUCCGGAAAGAAAUCAAGGAUUCCAGCAGAGAGCGUUCGGAUCUGGAGAGGGAAAUUAACUUAGUGCUGGCAGACCUGACCACCCUCCGCGCCCAGAAGCCUAAGGUGGAGACAAAGGAGAUAACCCAGGAAGUGAUAAAAGAAGAGAGGAGCCCCGAAGUGGUCAGAGAGAUGCAAAGGCUAAAUGAUCAGCUGUAUCGCCUACAGAGCACCUACGACGACACCGUGGACCAACUGAAUCUUCUGCGAAGAGAGAGGGAUCAGUGGAAGGCCGAGAAGUCCAAGGUGGAGACAAAACUUGUGACCAGGGAGGUGAUCAAAUACGAGAACGAUCCACUCUUGGAGAAGGAGGCCGAUCGACUCAGGAGGGAGGUACGGGAGGAAAUACAGCGACGACGCUCCACUGAGGAAACCGUCUUCGACCUCCAGAAUAAGUACAUCCUCCUUGAGAGGCAGAAACCAGAGGAGAAGGUGGUUGUGCAGGAGGUACUGCGUAUGGAGAAAGACCCAAGGCAGUUCCUGGAGCAUGAGAAACUUAACAAGAGCCUGGAUGAUGAGGUGAAGUCUCGCAGGAAUCUGGAACUGGAGGUGCAGCAGCUGAGAGCUCUGGUUGAGGAGAAGGAGAGGAUUCUCAUGGAGUCAGAUGAACGACAAAAGAAGAUUCAGGUGGAAAUGGAACUGCGGCAGAUUACAACCAGAAUCAAAGAACUUGAGAAUGCGCCACCACCUCUGGAGGAGAAGAUAGUUGUAGAAGAGGUCAUGAAGGUUGAGAGAGAUCCUAAACUGGAGAAGAUGACUAAUGGCUUACGCAUAGAUAUGGACAAAGAGACCAAUGACAUCAUAAGACUGGACAGGGACAUCAGGAACCUCACCCAUAAACUGGAGAUCCUACAGAGAGAUAAGACUGUGGAGAAGACAGUCUACAAAGAGGUGAUUCGGGUAGAGAAAGAUCAGGGUGUGGAGGCUGAGAGGACCCACUUAAGAGAGAUGAUGUCACAGGCAAGAAAUGCAAGACGGGACUUAGAGGAUGAGAUACAACGAAUCACUGACAAACUUAAUCGGCUGCAGAACACAAAAACAUCUUAUUCCAUGGAGGAGACUACUCUCAAUCAUAACAGAGAUGCCCUGCAGAGAGAGAAAGAGAACCUCACUCGUGAGCUGAGGACUUUUGAGUCCGAGAGACAGAACAUCGGCAUAUCAUUCCAGCAGCAGAGCAGGCUGAUGAGUGAGAGAAGCCAGAUGAGCAGACAAAAGAGUCUCAAAAUGGAAUCGGACGUGCAGCGUCUGGAGAAGGAGAUACUGGAUGAAAAAGACACGAUACACAAAAGGGAGCUCACCAUUCGUGAGCUGCUGGACAGCCUGAAGAAAGAGGACAGUUCUGAGACCAGAACAAGAGAGACAAAUGUCUCCACAAGAAUUACCAUCUUAGACCCGGAAACGGGCAAAGACAUGUCUCCGUAUGAUGCAUACAUGGAAGGGUUGAUUGACCGUAACCAGUACAUCCAUCUGCAGGAACUGGAGUGUAACUGGGAAGAGGUCACCACUAUGGGGCCGGAAGGGGAGGUAUCUGUACUGCAAGACCGCAAGAGUGGAAAACAGUUUUCCAUCAGCAAUGCCAUAAAGGAUGGCAGACUGACCCAGUAUGACCUGCAACGCUACAGGGAUGGCAAGAUUCCCAUCUCAGAGUUUGCCCUUCUGGUUGCUGGAGAAAAAGCUAAGCCCUCCACUUUCGUGAGCAGCUCAAAUUUGUCCUAUUCAAGCAGUCCUCUUCAAAGCCGUACAUUCAACCUGUCCCACAGCGAGGAUAACUUUCCAAUUUCCGGCAUUCUUGACACCACUACCAAAAAUCGCAUGUCCGUGCGCAGUGCCAUGACCCGCAAACUGAUUGACCCGAACACGGGGCAAAAGCUGCUGGAGGCGCAGGCCGCCACCGGGGGCAUCGUGGACGUCAGCAACAAGGAACGCUACUCGGUUCACAAGGCAGCGGAGCGUGGGCUCAUCGACUCCAGCCACCUGCAGAAGCUCAUCAACGCUCAGAAGGCCUUCACCGGGGUGGAGGACCCCAUUUCAAAGGAACGCCUCUCGGUCGGCGAGGCCGUCCAGAAGGGCUGGAUGCCCAAGGAGAACGCGAUGUACUACAUGGAGGCGCAGUGUCUAACCGGGGGGCUGGUGGACCCCAAGAAGUCCGGCCGCCUCAGCAUUGGCGACGCGGCCAACGCGAAGAUCCUCGACAGCACCAUGGCCAGAGAGCUCCAGGAAGAGUCAAACUACUCCAAGGAGAUAGUCGACCCCAUUACAAGAGAGAAGAUCAGCUACAAGCAGGCCAUGGCUCGCUGUCAGAAGGAUCCUGUCUCAGGCCUGCUACUGCUUCCCGCUGCCUCCACGGAUCUCUCUUACCGAUCGUCGGUCUAUGGCAACUACUAGACUCGUUUACUGCCAAAUAAGAAGGGACUCUUGCCUCUGUGAUGAUAGAUUUUCCAGAAGUCAAAUUAAAAUGUACAAUUUAACAUAUCCAUAAGCAGACAUCACAGCAAGAUAAUCAUUAUGAACCAUCUCAGGAAGUCUACCAAUCCUGUAUUUCUCAUCUUUGGGUCAGACAAUUGCUGCUGAGAUGCUUGUAUGUUUACUUUCUUGUUUGUAAUGGGAUGCUCAAGUUGUUUUUUGUAAACCUUAUUUAAAAUGCAUGAAAUCUAUUUUUAUCCAGGAAAAUAUAUGUUCUGCACACAUUCUGAUCCAAGACAUUUUCAUGUUAUGUUAAAUGGGUUGAUGGGCCUUCAUGCAAUCUUGCUCCUUUACCAAGUUUUCUGUCUACUUUCCAAUACUUUUCCAUGUGAGGAUGGAUAUAUUAAAAUCCAAGAGCUACCCAUUUAGACUGUUUUAUCAACAGUGCAUCUUGUUUAUUAUUGUAUACACAAAAUAACUGAUUAAAAUUCAUUCAACAUUCUCA